UCCUUUGCAAGAAACGUAACAUCUACAUGUAAACAACAUGGAUGCUUUAUUGAAUGGGAUAUUGUCCUCCAACCAUCCAGAUCAACUGAAGAAGCAGUUACUGCAUAAAAUAGCAGAUAAAGGGGCACAACCACAGGCAAUAAAAACAAUAAAAUCUGUAUUUGAACUGACUAUAAACUGGUACCUGGAAAUUGAUAAUGAGCUUGCAUCAAAUGAAGGCUUGACUAUUUUGAAAUCAUGGCCUAAACACAAUUUAUCAACUUUUGAACAAUUUUUCGACAGAGAUUAUUUAGUUGGUUUACUUUUUAAAAAAUGUCGUAGAGAAUGCAACAUACCAAUUCUUAUUAAAGAAUGUUUACAUCUUCUUCAAAGAUCGGCCAUAUUUUAUAGUCAUCUAAAAGUUGUAGAAGCGAUGGCUAUUAAUUAUGUACAGCAACAUCCUUCAAUGGCUUCUAUAGUGAACUUUAUUAGUUUGUUAAGAACUUUUAAAGAAUGCAUACCUAAAGGUGAUUUCACGUCAAAAUUUUGUAUCACAUUGAUAAAUGGAGUGGCAUUAGUAGGUCAUCCAGAUGGAAGGGUCUUAGAAUAUAUUCAGGGUUCCGAAUUAAUUUUCAAGUUCAUCAAUGCGUUAUGGAACCAAGCAGAUUCUAGAUUCAUUUUGGAAUCGUUAAAAGCAGUGUUCACACUUAUUUCUGACGAAAGCAUAGAAAUGACUUUCUGUCUUGGAGCGAUUGUUCAACAUAUUCCAAAAGAGAUGAUUGAAAUUGUUGUGAAAUAUGCCGUGUUUGAAAGUAAUAUAGACGAUGACAGUAUGACGAGGGCAUUAAAUAGAAUCAUAGGUUGGAUCCAAUGGCCAACAGCGGUCAACGUCAGUGUUUGGAUAAUUGGAUUCCUACAGAAUCUUGCAGCAGAAAAGAGAUUCACAGUUUUGAUAUCUGUAACUGAGGACAAAAUAGAACAGGUAUUCAAAGCAGUAGAGUUGUCUCAAGUUAGGAAAGGUGCUUUAAAUGUAUUGACUCAUAUGUUACUGAGUUUCCAACACUCACCAGAGCCAUUCCAUAAGAUUUUACCCAAGAUUCCAAGAGUUAUGUCAAUUUUGACUACAGAAACUUCAGGACCCAGUCAAGAUUGUGCUGUUAGAUUGGCUUACCUUAUUCAUUGCUGUAUGUACCAUCAUGCUGGUUACCCUGAUCUUUAUGACCCAGUUAUGGAAAUUAUUAAGGACUUCCCACAACCAGAUCCAGAAGAAAUCCAAAAGAAGCUGGCAGAAACAAGAUGGACCAAUCAGAAAGCUGGAAAUAAAAAUUAUGUUGUUAAGGUCACACAGAGGUCAGAGACAGGAAAAACAGGAUUACAUAACCUUGGCAACACAUGUUUUAUGAACAGCAUUGUACAAGCCUUAUUUAUGGCUGAUGGGUAA